GCGUUACACGUGCGAAGUACCUUCUUCGUCCACCUUGGUCGACAAGUAAGGUCUGCAAAACCCUAAAAUCAGUAACAAACAACCGAUCUGAAAUCACUGGGUAGCACAGCAGAGAACAAAAAUGGGGUUGCAAUGGAUGAUUUUGACUUAUGUUGUUGCUGCGGAGGCAGUCAUGGCCGUCUUGAUAACUUUGCCUUCUCCCAAGGCUUUGAAGUCUACUCUCGUCUCUCUGAUUUCUCUCAUUUUACAGCCCUCCAUGUUCAUCGUCCCCUUUGCUAGUUUUCAGCUUCUAGAUAUCUACUGGAAGAACGAGCACAGGUUGAUGUGUUCUGGUGAGGCUUGUACUGCUGCUGAGAGAGAUCGAUACGAGAAAUCGAUAUACAAGUCUCAGAGGAAUAUUAUUCUGUGUUGUGCAGCUUGUCUUCUUUACUGGUGUGUGUAUCGUGUUUGCAAGUACCACAAGGAGAUUCAAACAAUGGAGGAAGUUGAAAAGAGGUACAAGGAAGAGUAGCUUAUAGCUUACGUAUUCUUUUUCUUCGAAUGUUUCCAUGUCAUCUUCAUGUUUUCAAUCCUAGGAUUUUAUUGUACCUUAAAAAUCAUGGAUUUCUGCAUUAUCGUGUGGUUAAAAUAGCUAUUACUAUCUUACAUAUUAUGCAAUUUCUAUUUUCUUAUAAUAAAA